AUGAAAACUGGGAUUCUGGAGGUUCAGAGUUUCUAUGCCGAUCAGAUGGAGGCACAUGGACACGGAGACAUGACUUUCCGGAUUGAAACCGAUGCGAAAGGCGUUCCGAUCGUCCAUAGCGUCAACGGGGAUUACUUCAACAGCCAUUACAAAGACAGAGAUCGUCCCGAGAACGAGAUUAGUCGAGAGUUUGAUAUCUCUUCAAUCGUUCAAUUAGUCGUUAUGGACAUUAGUAGAUCAUCUGGUGGACGUGACUCUCCCCUGAAAUCUGAAGAUUUUGAUGGUCUCACCGGCCUGUCUCGUCUUGAACUAAGACUCGGUUACGGAUUUUCGGAGAGCAGUCUUCUGCCAGCAGGGAUUUUUGCAGGACUCACUUCGCUGAACUCGCUCCAGUUCCUCUAUUAUACUAACAUUUACGGUGAUGAUCCAUCACUUUUGCCGUUUCUUCCGCUUACCGUAGGUUUGAAGAAGGUUAGCGAAGGUCAGUUCAAGGCGAUUGUGCCCACCGGUGCGCCAUCUAACAUGGACCUUUCACUCAUUGUUGUGAAUGGAAGUAUCAAUGGGGGCGCAGAGAGUGUCACGAUCCCGGUAGGCAGUGUAGAAAGCGAUAUUCUCACCGUGACCCGUACGCCUGGCACAACCGCUGCGGUCAUUGUAGACCUUGAGAGGACAGUGCCAAGCCCCCCCGGGUCGGGCUACGUUUUCUAUAAAUCCUCCUAUCAUCUGGAAAUGUUCAGCCCCUUGCCGGGAGCACCCACCCCUGUCGCCGAACGCACACCACAGGUACUUGACGCUAUUGUGGCGGCAGUGCCAGAGAUAAAUCAUAUCCACCACGAUAGAGACCUACGCUACAUGGUGAAUGGGAAAUUUGUCGACAAGAAAUAUAACAUGGGGCAUUAUGUGUCUGAGGCACACCUCGCGGCGAUUACGAGUCUGAAUGCCCCUGGGUCUAGUGGGGUCGACUUAAGCCUCGGCGGCAAUUGGUUUAGUCUGCAUGGGGAUAUUACAGAACUGAAACCCGGCGAUUUUGAUGGCCUGACUAACCUGACAACGCUCCGCCUAGAUGGCAACGAUUUGAGUUCAUUCCCAGAGAACAUCUUUGACAACCUCACAAACCUGACAGCACUCAAUUUAGCUGACAACCAGUUGAGUUUAUUGCCAGCGGGUCUCUUUGACAAUCUCACAGACUUGACAACACUCAGUCUAGGCGGCAACGCGUUGAGUUCGUUGCCAGCGGGCAUCUUCGACCAGCUCACCAAUCUGACAACCCUCACCCUAUACAGCAACCAAUUGAGUUCGUUGCCAGCGGGUCUCUUUGACAAUCUUACCAACCUGACACUUCUCAAUCUAUUGGACAACCCGUUGACUCAACUGCCAGAAGGUUAUUUUGACAAUCUCACCAAUCUAACUACGCUUCACCUACCGCCUACCAUCACGCCACCUCCAUUUCCGGAAGCUGGCGAGGUUACCCCGGUCGCUGACCGAACACCACAACACAUCUCGCUGCGAUUACAAGCGGAUCUGCAGGUAGAGAAUAUUUCAGUACUAAAACAGGGAGAUUUUGACAAUCUCAUCAAUCUGGAUACACUCGGGCUAAUCGGCACGUUCAGUUCAUUGCCAGACGGCAUCUUUGACAAUCUCAUCAAUCUGGAUACACUCGCGUUAGUCAGCACCCAGUUGAGUUCUUUACCAGAAGGUAUCUGUGACAAUCUCAUCAAUCUGACAUAUCUCGCCAUAGCCAACACCCCGUUGAGUUCGUUGCCGGGCAGCCUCUUUGACAAUCUCACCAAAGUAUCAUCCAUCUUCCUAAGCAACACCCAAUUAAGUUCAUUACCAGACGGCAUCUUUGACAAUCUCACCAACAUGCCAUACAUCUUACUAAGCAAUAACCAGUUGAGUUCAUUGCCAAGUGGCAUCUUCGACAAAGCUACAAUGAUAGUCGACCUAAGCAACAACCAAUUGAGUUCAUUACCAGACGGCAUCUUCAAAGGGCAUUUUUGA